AUGCCAGAACAGAGACAGCGCAGGGAAGAGCAGGAGUCUGGCGGCUCCGGCCUGAAGGGUGCUCUUCAGGGUCUCGCCAUUUUCAUGCUGACGCAGUUUCUGAUCUCUCAAUUUUUCGGAAACAAGUCACAGAAUGCUGGAUCCGGAGCGAAGCCUGGCGAAUUGACCUCCUUCCAAGCUCGUCCGUCUCGCAGCGAAAUCGCCGACUACAGUCCUAUCCCCGACACCGUUGCUCCAAUUUGGCCCCCGAACAGCGCCGUUGAUAUCAGCAUCUAUGUCUCGCCUUCCAUUGUCCUUCCUUCUCUCAGCUCGCUGCCACCGGAUUCUCUUGUAUUGAGUGAAAAGAACUUCACGAUCGGGAAUUACAGUGACACCAGGGAAAUCGCGACUACCAUCGAGAUUCCCAAGGAAGUCCAGCAAAAUGGAACGCUUUGGGCGCAUUUCUAUGUUGCGCUCACUGGAUACCAACUCGACCCAACGGCUAAGGAUUAUAGCACAGAUAGUGCUGUGCACUUCUUCCGCCCACUGAACCAUUAUCUUCCCAAGAAAAAGGUCAAGAAGCUCAAGAACUUGCUUGCCAGCUCGGACGGUACCGAGGAGGAGGAAGAAGACAACAGCAUCCCGGAUGUCUCUAUUGCCUCAUACUACCACCCCAACUUCACGGUAUCGCUGAUUCCUGAUUCCGGAGUUCAGAAAUACCGCCAAGUACACCCUGCUAUUCGGCAUCACAUGCAACUCGAGGCCACGGGCGCAAGAGAUGCCUCUGGUCAGAAUGGGUGGUACUACCCUAUUGUGUUCUUGAAUACAUUUUGGCAACUCCGAAGCCAUAUGACCGAGCUCAACUCCACCGUGAAGACGAUGCCGUUGCGGAUCACUCUGAACAAUCUGUCCAACUGGAAAUUUAGCAUGAUGGCAAGUGUGGACGAGAAUGCAAAGGCUAACGCCCGGCAAGCCGCAUUUGGAGGCUCCGUGCCUGGAGGUGGCGAUGGCUCUGAGUUCGAGAUGGUCAAGGAAGUCCUCCUUAACACGAACAUUUGGUUGCUUGGUACAACUGGUGUGGUUACGAUUCUGCACAUGAUCUUCGAAACUUUGGCGUUCAAGAACGACAUUUCUCACUGGCGCAAGAAGAAGGACGUUGUUGGGACCUCAGUCCGCACUAUUUUGGCUAACGUGUUCAUGCAAACGGUCAUCUUCCUCUACUUGAUGGAUAACAGUGAAAACACUUCCUGGAUGAUCCUUGCCAGCCAAGGUUUCGGUAUCUUACUGGAGGCGUGGAAGAUCACCAAGACAGUGAAUGUGCGUCUGCGUGCGCCGCCAGCCGGGUCUUUCUACUCUUUCCUUCCUUACGUUGUGGUAUUCGAGGAUAAGCACAAGCUUUCGGAAACUGAGAAGAAGACCAAGGAGUAUGAUGAAAUUGCAUUCCGUUGGCUCUACAUCAUUGCUGUGCCUCUCCUCGGUGCAUAUGCAGCCUACAGCUUGAUCUAUAACACACACAAAUCGUGGUAUUCCUACAUUAUUGAAACGCUUGUCGGCAGCGUUUACGCAUAUGGCUUUUUGAUGAUGGUUCCCAGUCUCUAUAUCAACUACCGUCUGAAGUCUGUUGCUCAUAUGCCUGGCAAGGCCUUGACGUACAAAUUCCUCAACACUUUCAUCGAUGAUCUGUUCGCAUUUACUGUCAAGAUGCCAUGGCUCCACCGGCUUGCCACUCUCCGCGAUGAUGUGAUUUUCUUUAUCUGGCUCUACCAGAGCUAUAAGUACAAGGUUGAUUACAAGCGGGUCAAUGAAUUUGGACAGGGAGGCGACAGCGAUGAGGAGACAGAGGAGCCGGCAGCAGCUGAAUCCGAGAAGAAGUUGGAAGCGGUGUCUGAAGCGUCUGGAAGGGACAAUGCUGAGAAGUCGACACGGAAGAGGAAGUAA